UACUUCUGCAAAUAAGCAUUUGAACAAUUAUUAAGUUGUACGCUUUUUAAAUUAGAAUAUCGAAGAGAAUGCUUCACGGACUACGAGUAUCAAUGGAUGGGGUAUAUGGAAAAUAACUUAUAUACAUUGCAAAAUUCAAGCUAGGUUUUUAUUUUAAUUCGUCUAAUACUAAUUUAUUAAAAUAAAUACAAUAUAUUGUGUGAUAUUAUCAUGCAUAGGUAUACACAUAAUUCAUUAACGAGACGACGAAAAUCAGUUAAAAGAAUUCCCUAUAAUUUUAUAUUUGCUAUACAAAAGAAAUUUAGAGAUAGCAAAUUAGGAUCUCAAGCCAAUUUAGAAGAACAUAGACCAAUAGAUAAGUAUUGCAUGCAGACAACAACUUUACAACUUCAUGCCAAAAUACCAUUUAUUGGAUGUUUAAGCUAUGUAGCACACUUAGACAUAGAAAUAAAUUUGAAAAAUAUAUUAACAAUUCGUAAUGGUGAAGAUCCAAUAUAUUUAAAUGGUUGGAAGCGACCUGCACUACAUAAUUUUCUAAGUGCUGUAAGAGAUCGUAUUAAUCAGAGUGUCGAACUUAUACCACACAAGCUAAAGACUUCUUCAUAUCAUCACGUCGAUAAAAUAUGCUGUAGACGACUUUCAGAUCUUUUGAGAGUUCGUGAAAAGCUAUUGAUAUAUCAAAUAACUACAUUAAUGACAUGGCUUGAAGUUCAAAUUGAAAUACUUAACACUGAAAAGCAAUUUAAUAGAAUUGCAGAUAUUCAAGAGAAGAAGAAAAUAAUAUUAUUAAAUAUGCAUAAGGAGCGACAAAAUAUAAAUAGGUUAUUGCGACUUAUUGAUCAAAAGUCUGUAACUUCCAUCAAUACGAAUAAAGAAUGUUAUACUCAGGAUCUUUAUUUACAAGAGGCCAUGGACUUACUGCUAAGGCAGACUUUUAAGAAUAUUUCGAGCAUAAAUGAUCCUCAAAAUAGUAAUUUCAUUAAGCCUUUGACAAAAGUCGAAUACUUUAACCUGUACUUCUGGCUUCUAAAAAAGAAUAUCGACAAGAACUCUAUUUUUUAUCGCAAAAAUAUUGAUACGAUUAAGAAAAUUCAUAAACAUUAUAAGCCUAAACAAUUUGUGAAUCGUGGACUAAAAACAAAUAUGAUUUUUCAGAAGCAAGCGAAAAUAUGGCAACUGAAACUUCGAAAAAAUCAUUGCAAAAUCAAUGCAAUAUUAUUAUGAACAUUACAACUCAGACUGAGCCAUUUGUCAUCCCCAACGAACAUGAAGCUCAAUUAGCUCGAGUAGAAGGAUCCUCAUCACCAAGUAAACAUUUUCCCAAAAAUCAGAUCCUUCAAGAUGAGGAGCGUUUGUUGUUGGAUCGUCUAAAAGAGGAUCUAGCAUUAGAAUUAUUUGAAGAGUCUAAAAAGGGACUAAGUAAAAAAGAUGCUUCUUCAAACUCGAUCGUUUCAUUGCUGUGGUUGCGGUGCACACAAACGGAUAAUAUUAAGGAAAUGCAGAACUUUCGUUCCAAUCGCAUGAAAUUCGAUGGUCAAGGUAAUGACGAUUCUAUUGAUAACUUCAUCAGAUACGAGUUAUGUAAUGUGGACUUACUUUGGGAAAAUCUAUAUGCUAUAUCUGUAGAUGUUAUACAGGCAUUGGUCGAUGAAUUAAUAUUGCAACAUAUAACAAUUUUAACGAAGAACAUUUUUAAUGAACCACAUAAGAUUAGUUGUUGAUCAAAUAUUAAAUAUUGUCAAGUGAUAAAA